AUGCCCGAGGAAGCCAGACGCAGCUCACAGACCAACGGGCCUGGUUCCACCGAUGUCACCAGGGACAACUUCAUCCCCCUCUUCGAUGGCAAGCCUGCCUCCUACAAGGAGUACCGCAAGCGCAUCAUGCUGUACUACCUGAAGAUGAGCAUCAACAACAAAAAGGAAGGAGGCCGCCAUCAACCUUCUGACCAGCCUCAGCGGUCCUGCCUGGUGCCAAGUCGAACACAUGGUCGACGCGGCCGCUGCGAAGGAUGA